UUUUAAAAACAUUUAUUUUAUUUAAUUUGCCGUUCUACUAUUGUGAAAGACAGCCUGGUCUUUCCCUUUUCCGUCGUGUCCGCGGAAGUCUCGCGUUACUCAAAGUAGCUUCAAGCUAACUGCCACUCCAGUUGCUCAAGACAAACAAAAAAACAAGUUUAUCCCCUAAAAGGAAACACAAGGGCCUCUUUUGAGGAGGAUAAACGUUCGUUCUGAGGUCGCCUUCGAGAGCCGAGUGACGACGAAUCUCCUACCGAGUUCGUACCUAUAUACCUGAACCCUGGCCGCGGACGGCCGUGGCUCCUCAAUGAAGAUGUCCCUGGUGCAGCGAGUGUUUCUGAUGUGGAUCUUCAGCCUCAUCUUCCUCAUCAUGCUGGUCCUCAAGCUGGAUGCCAAAGUGCACUGGAACUGGUUCCUCAUAUUCCUGCCCGUGUGGACGCUCGAUGCCAUCCUUGUCCUCCUACUGCUGGUCAAACUGGCCGGUCGGUGUAAAGCCGAUGCAGAGCAGCGCGAGGGCGACCCCGGUGCGGUCCGCCGGCUGUGGUACCUGGCGGCCGUGGGGCUGAAGGUGGCCUUCUGCCUGAGCCUGUGCUCCCGCUUGCAGAGGCUGACGGACGUGUGGCUCAGCGUGGUGUGCGUCCCCCUCUGGGUUCUCCUCGGGGGCGCCCUGGUGGAGCUGGGACGCGGCGUCUUUCGCCCACGCAGGGACUGAACUUGAGCAUUCUCCUUGCACGCACUUUUUUUUUUUUUUACAACGGACUGGACAGUCAUUUUACACAUCCUUGAAAUGAAUUGAUUUGGGGCUUCCCCAAAAGU